AAACUAUCAGAUCCGCAGCUGCGGUCGACCCUUGUUGCUUGCUGUGUGCGACCAGCGUUUGACCAGCUGUAGCGCACGUGUGUAGAUGUUUUCUUCAGCAUUGCAAGAUGAUUACCCACGUUCGAGUCCGGUACGAAGAUGAUAAAAAAAUUGGAACGGUGCCAAUAGAAGACGUUAAAGAUUUCUUCCCCCGUCACCAGCAAGACUUCAAGUCCAAAUCCCUCUAUUUAGUCAAAUGGACGGACGACAGUGGAGACAGCGAUUACUAUAGGGCCCGGAUUCUGGCACUGGGAGACUGCUACAGAGCACGUCUGGAGCAUCAAGGCGUGCCUGCAGGAGUACUGCCGUUGGCAGUCAAACAGAUGAACCACUUCAUUGUUGAGAAGCUUUCAGAUAUUGAGAAGCUUGCCAAGCGGGCGAAGGACAACCAGGGCGUUGCGGAAGUUUAACAGAGGAGGACCAUUGGUGCAUUUUCUAAAUAGUGUAAAUAUUAUGGAAUGUGUGAAUAAAUUUUCAUUCUUUCAUAUUUUU